AUGAGUGUUAAACUGACAGCAGCGCAAAAAGCGGAAAUUGAAAAUAAACGGCUCGAUGCAUUGGAUAGAAAACGUACGAAGGCUAAUCAGAGGCUUGAGAAGGAGAGUUUGAAAAGUUCGAUUGAUAAAAAGCGUGGCGGUGCAUCAAAGCGCCCCGCAACUUCGAGUGAAAUUAUGUUAAUUAAUGACAACGCAGAAAAUUUGGAACAAUACGGCGAAAAAUAUAUUGACACUGGGGCUGGUUUCCUUUUGAGUGCCAAUCAGAAAAGAUACAAACCAAAGGAGGCCGCGCCUGAAGAAAUACUGGACACGGACCUGUGCGAUGACUGCGGACUUCCAUUUGAGAACAGUUAUCUUCGGAAACAUUAUGGCGCGCUUGUUUGCGACGAUUGCAAAGAUGACGAGAAGUAUCCCUUGAUGACGUUGUCCGAAGUAAAAACAGAGUACCUGUUGAAUGAUAAUAUGCUCAAGAGAGAUCCCCCUCUGCGAUUUAUUCUCAAGAAAAAUCCACACAAUCCCUCGUGGGGUGAGAUGAAGUUGUUUCUUCUUCCACAAGUUGAAGCGCGUGCCUUGCAGAUUCAUGAAAGCUGGGAAAAGCUUGAAGAGUUAAAAAAGGAGCGCGAAAGUAAACGUGUCCAACGCCAACAAAAACUAUUCGACAAAAAGCUUCAAAAGCUAAAGCAAGAGGUUCGAGCACGCAACUACAAAGUCGCAGCAUCAAGUCAGCACGAGCAUGAUUAUUCCAAAGUCGAGCACAUCAAGGGCGAUCUUUACCGAAAAACUUGCGAAUGUGGGGUCUCUGUUGAAUAUGAAGAGUUUUAA